AUGGAGGACUUGAAGAAAUCGGAGGCGGUGAUGGAAGAGUGGAGAAAUUACUUAAGGAGUGGCAAUGCAGAUAUAUUCGAGAUCAUCGAGAGAGCAAUCAUGGUGGCUGCAUCCGAUCACCCAAUGGAGUUCCGGAUGAAGAGAGACAAGAUUGUUCAGACCCUGUUUUCCUGUGAGUUGAUCAAUCAUGUUGAAGAAGGGAAUAUUGAUUGUAAAGAGAAGAUGAAGAUGAGUGGUGAUGUCGUCAAAAAUCAUCUCUGGGAUACCAUUAGUCAUGGAGAUACACAAGAAACUUUGGUCCAUGAACAUGAUCAAGAAACAGAAAUGGUUACUGAUGAUGAGGUUUUAAGGAUCAAAGAGAUUCUUGAUAAAUCAUGUGGAGAUGCAUCUGAAUCAGCAGUGGUACUUGUGUAUGAGUCGUUAUCGAAGCUUCAACACAUGG